AUGGGGGGAUUUCUGAGUGGACAGCAGAAGCCUAAGAUGACAGUCGACGGUCGCCUUAAACUUGACCUGAGUAACCGGGGGCUGACGUCCAUCCCGGAGGAGGUGUUCGAUAUCACUGACUUGGAGGUUCUAGAUGUGUCCAACAACAAACUCACCAGCAUCCCGGACGCGAUCGAUCGUCUGAAGAAACUUGAGCAUUUGAAAGCUGACGGCAAUAAGCUGACAAGUUUGCCAAAGGCGAUUGGUUCCUUGAAGAAAUUAACACACCUGUAUGCUUAUAAUAAUCAGCUGGAAGAAGUUCCACCAGGGGUUUGUUCUCUGUCCAACCUUGAGGUGUUGAAUGUCCAUAACAACAGACUUUCUACCUUACCUCCUGAUGUGGAAAAGCUGCAAAACUUGAGGGAACUGUACAUUAAUGAUAAUCAGCUGACAGAGGUUCCACCAGGGGUUUGUUUUCUGUCCAACCUUGAGGUGUUGAAUGUCGGUAACAACAAACUUUCCACCUUACCUCCUGGUGUGGAAAAGCUGCAGAAAUUGAGACACCUGAACAUUUAUGGUAAUCAGCUGACAGAGGUUCCGCCAGAGAUUUGGUCUCUGUCCAACCUUGAGGUGUUAGGUGUCAGUAGUAACAAACUUUCCACCUUACCUCCUGGUGUGGAAAAGUUGCAGAGAUUGAGAAGACUGUACAUUUGUGGUAAUCAGCUGACAGAGGUUCCAACAGGGGUUUGUUAUCUGUCCAACCUUGAGGUGUUGAGUGUCGGUCAGAACCCCAUCCGACGUCUCCCAGAUAACAUCACACGACUCACCAGACUGAAGACUCUCAGUGUCCGCAGCUGUCAGUUUGAAGAGUUCCCCAAACAGGUGCUGCAGCUGAAGAAGUUGAAGACAUUGUAUGCUGGAGACUGCAAGUUUGACACUGUUCCAGAUAAAGUGGAAUCCUCACAACCCCUGUGUGUCUUGCAUUUGGAACUUAACCGCCUCAGAACACUGCCGAGUACCAUGAGCCACCUGCACAACCUACGGGAGGUCUACCUCUUCAACAACAGGUUCGACACAUUCCCAGAAGUCCUGUGUGAACUGCCUGCCAUGGAGAAACUGGACAUCAGGAACAACAACAUCACCAGGCUCCCAACUGCCCUUCACCGAGCAGACAAGCUGGAGGUCUUGGCUGUUUCUGGAAACCCCCUGACAUACCCUCCACAGGAUGUGUGUGCACCUCCAAUUGACAACAUCAAGGCCUUCCUGAAACAGGACGCUGAGAAGGCCAAGUGCACAGCCAAGUUCACAACAAAAUUCACAGCCAAGUUCACAACAAAAUUCACAGCCAAGCUCACAGCAAAAUUCACAGCCAAGUUCACAGCAAAAUUCACAGCCAAGUUUACAACAAAAUUCCCAGCCAAGUGCACAGCCAAGUUCACAACAAAAUUCACAGUCAAGCUCAGAACAAAAUUCAUAUACAAGUUCACAGCAAAAUUCACAGCCAGGAUCACAGCCAGAGUCACAGCCAGGGUCACAGCCAGAGUCACAGCCUGGGUCAGUGCCAGGGUCACAGCCAGGGUCACAGCCAGGAUCACAGCCAGGGUCACAGCCAAGCUCACAGCCAGGGUCAGUGCCAGGGUCACAGCCAGUGUCACAGCCAAGGUCACAGCCAGGGUCACAGCCAAGCUCACAGCCAGGGUCAGUGCCAGGGUCACAGCCAAGCUCACAGCCAGGGUCACAGCCAGGGUCACAACCAGAGUCACAGCCAGGGUCAGUGCCAGGGUCACAGCCAGGGUCACAGCCAAGCUCACAGCCAGGGUCACAGCCAAGCUCACAGCCAGGGUCACAACCACAAUCACCUGGAAACAACACUGA